GAGUAACUCACCCUUCACUUACACACAGAAUCAUCUAGGAGUACUACAUUGUCUCCAAUCUCCUUCCUUGUUAACACAAAAAUGGGUUCCUCCAAGACCUUUGUUCUCUUUGGCCUCGUCUUUGCUGUUGUGCUUCUCAUCUCCUCCCAUGUCUCAGCUCGUGAGCUAGAGGAAAAUGUCAAAACUGACGGAUAUGGCCAUGGAGGAGGAUAUGGCCAUGGCGGAGGAUAUGGUCAUGGUGGCGGAUAUGGUCAUGGUGGAGGACAUGGACAUGGUGGCGGAUAUGGACAUGGUGGUCAUGGAGGUCACCAUCCCCCAGGACACGGUGGUGCUAGCGAGACAGAAACCGAAACUGAAACCAACAAAAAUUAGACAAAUCCUUCUGCAUGUAUGUAUGGGUGCAUGUCUAAUAAAUAUGUAUGCCAAUAAAGAUGCACCGUUUGUGUAGCUUAAUUAUAAGCUUUAUCUUUGUACCUUUUAAUUAUGUAUUACUAUCAAUCUUGAAGGUGUGAAAUCCCCA